GGAAAUUCCCGGCGUAGUAUUGGCAGAAACAACAGCAAAGAUGUUCCGUUCCACAGCCCUCUUUACUUUGCUGGCCGGAAGCCUCGCAGCGGGCCUUGAUAUUAAAGCUGAUACUAAUUUGACUGAAUUGCCGACUAACAGCUUAUUCACGAAAUGGCGUCCGAUAUAUCAUUUUACUGCUCCUCGGGGGUGGUUGAACGUACUUCCCCUGAUUGGCGGCAAUUGUGCGAGAUUUUUCUGAUAUGGCUCUCUGCAGGAUCCUUGUGGAGCAAUGUAUGAUCACACGAGGAGUAUCUACCACCUUAUGUACCAGGCAAUUCUUCAUCUCGCACUUGUAACCAAGCGCUGCUGACAACUGAGCAUAGUGGAACCCCAACGACGUCCAGUGGGGCAAUAUCUCCUGGGGUCAUGCAGUCUCCCGCGACCUGGUGGAGUGGGUCGACGUGGGCGGCUGGAAAGGCGAUGGCGCUACAGCUAUAGUGGCUGGGCCGGACGCCUAUGAUUCUAAAGGGAUAUUCUCGGGCACCGGGUACUCCACCAAUCUGCAGGGCGAGGCCGACGGCACUCUCGCGCUCUUCUACACUGGCGUGAGCGCUCUACCAACGGCCUGGAACAUCCCGUACAUCCCGAAAACGGAAUCGCAGUCAUUCGCGCUCUCCCACGAUGGCGGGGAGACAUGGGAGAAGUACCCUGGUAACCCUGUUAUAGUCGAACCCCCGGGUGGCUGGAACAUUACCGGCUGGCGCGAUCCUUUCUACCUUCCCUGGCCUGAAAUGGAUGAUCUGUUGGAUAAGUCUGAACCGCAUUGGUACAUGGUUGCGGGGAGUGGAAUUCGUGGCGUUGGGCCGAGGAUUCCGUUCUAUUCUGCCCCGACUAGGAAUCUCACUCAGUGGUCCUUCUUGGGCGCGCUUUGGGAGCCGAAGAAUAAUGAGAGUUUCGGGGAUGUGCUGGAGACGGGAUCUUAUGGGUUUAACUUUGAGGUUUCUGGAUUUUUCUCGUUGGUAGGAUAUGUGUCUUUUCUCCUCGUACACGCCUUUAGAGUGUUAAUUGAGAUUGGCGUUAUAGAGAGAUGAAGAGGGAAAUGAUCACUACUUUGCAACUAUGGGAUCAGAAGGUGGUGGUGUCCCCGGACAUGGGCGGUGGUCGUUGUGGGCCGAAGGAGAAACGAGCCGUCGUGCUAACGGCUCCGCUCAAUUUGAUCCAGUCGCCGUUGGACCUGCUGAUUGGGGUAAUGUAUGCUUACCCUAAUCAUAUUCCCACGAUUGGAAGGAGCCACUGACAAAAACAGCUCUACGCCAUCACCAGUUUCUACGACACCAAAGGGUGCCGCCGUGUGUCCUGGGGCUGGAGUCAGGAAGGUAUGAGUCCUCCAUCCACCCCAGAACCCUCCAAGCACCGGAACCAACUAACGAAAACCCCCAGACAUGAACGACUAUGGCGUGAACGCCCAAGGCUUCCAAGGCGCCAUGGGCCUUCCUCGGGAACUCUUCGUCCACAAAACCUACAACGUAGUAGCAGACAACAAAACCGCCACCACUCCAACAAACACGAAUUACUCCAAGCCAUCCGCAAACGGAACCUACACAGUGACAAGCCUAGGUAUGAAGCCUCUUCCAGAUGUAGUCGAGAGCCUGCGCAGCAAAGCACAGAUGCACCAGAUCGAGGACAAGAAGUACACAUCCCCGCAGAAACUGGAUGGUAUUUCCUCAGACCAUUUCGAAUUAUCAGCUACUAUUCGCGGGGCGGAUGGCCCAGCCGGGUUCACGGUCCGCGCCUCACCAGGAGGUGAGGAGGUUACCACCAUCGCAUUCAAUCCCGCGAAAGAACUCAUCGUAGUCGAUAGGUCAAAGUCUUCGCUCAUCAAACAAUUCUCCAACGCUACGGCGAGCGGGAAUUACAGGCCUUACACAACCUCCCAUCACGAUAGUGACCACAGCGGUGAGGGUGGUCGGAGGGGAGUAGAAGUCGAGGAUAUAGAAAUGAACAUCUUCGUCGAUGGAAGUCUGGUAGAGGUAUUCGUUGGCGGCAGGUUCGCCCUCACGACUAGGAUCUAUCCGACCCGUGAUGAUGCGCUUGAUGUUGGGGUUUAUGUCGGCGAGGGAGUUGGGGUUGAACUUGUGGAUUUGAAGGUUUGGAGCGGAAUCGGAAGUGUCUGGCCAGAGAGGCCGGUGGAUACUUCGAAUACUACUUCUUCUACCUGAGUGGUUAGUGUGUAAAGUUAAUUUGGAUUGUAUUUUUGUUUGUUUGAUUGCCUUUUUGCACGAUUUUUUGGGACAGAGCGUGUAACGUACCGUAUAAAUGGCGCAUGAACGAACCAAGGAAUCGGUCAUAGCAUCAUCAUGUGCAAUCACUCGCCUUUGCAAAUCAGAUAUAGUUCGCUUGGGGUUUUAGUAAGCUGAUCGGACCAUGAGAUUAUUUCUUCAGAGAGAUAGCUUAAAAGGAA